AUGGGUAACUGCUGUGCGGCUCCUUCCGGUUCGUCCAAUGCCAAGAAGAAAAAGAACAAACCCAACCCGUUGUCGAUUGACUACAGCGGGGAGAAUGGAUCAGGGGGCUCGAACAAGCUGGUCGUGCUGAAAAACCCGACGGGUGACGACAUAAAUGCCCGGUAUGAUCUAGGCCGGGAGCUUGGCAGGGGAGAAUUCGGGGUCACCUACCUAUGCACGGACAUUGAGACUGGAGAAAAAUUGGCCUGCAAGUCCAUAUCCAAAAAGAAGCUGAGGACAGCUGUAGAUAUCGAGGACGUGAGGCGGGAGGUGGAGAUCAUGACCCGCAUGCCCAACCACCCGAACAUCGUGACCCUUAAGGCAACUUACGAGGAUGCUAGUGCGGUGCAUAUAGUGAUGGAGCUGUGUGAAGGUGGGGAGUUGUUUGACCGGAUUGUGGCUAGAGGGCAUUACACGGAGAGGGCAGCUGCGUAUGUGAUGAGGACGAUUGUUGAAGUUGUUCAGAUGUGCCACGGGCAAGGAGUGAUGCAUCGUGAUCUCAAACCUGAGAACUUUCUUUUUGCAAAUAAGAAAGAAACGAGCCCCCUAAAAACAAUUGACUUUGGUUUGUCGGUCUUCUUCAAACCUGGCGAGAAGUUUAAUGAGAUUGUUGGAAGCCCUUAUUACAUGGCUCCAGAGGUUUUGAAACGAAAUUAUGGCCCAGAGGUUGACAUAUGGAGUGCUGGAGUUAUACUUUACAUUCUACUUUGUGGCGUUCCUCCCUUCUGGGCAGAAACCGAACAAGGAGUAGCACAAGCGAUUAUUCGUUCGGUGAUUGAUUUUAAGAGAGAUCCGUGGCCUAAAGUAUCAGACAGUGCAAAGGAUCUCGUUAAGAAAAUGCUCAAUCCAGAUGCCAGCCAGCGUCUCACUGCUCAGCAAGUCCUUGAGCAUCCAUGGUUACAGAAUAUAAAGAAGGCCCCUAAUGUCUCACUUGGUGAGACUGUGAAAGCAAGGCUCAAGCAAUUCUCCGUGAUGAAUAAGCUCAAAAAGAGAGCGCUAAGGGUUGUAGCCGAACACUUGGACACGACUUGCACGGAAGCCACAGCUAACAUGAUUCGGUUGCCCAAAUUUUACGGCUUCGGCAAUGCCGUUCUCUACUCUUUGAGGGACGGGAAGUUUCGUUCGGACGACGGAAGGUACUCGUGCGAAGAUGCGCUUUGCCUUACGAGAUUGGAUUUUGCCACGUAG